AUGGCUGAAGAUCCCACUGCCAGUGCAGCUGUCAACGAUGGGGAGAAUCGUAUCGUGGGGAUGAUGGUUGGGUCGGCCGUGGCAGAUGCCGCGGGGAUAUACACUGAUGGUCUCACCAAGGCCGAGGUCGAGACUGUGUAUGGGCGUCCCAGGAUCCUGGCAAGCUACAAGGCCAACGAGCUCACGGUCCAUUAUCCCGAUGAUCACCGGGCGAAGUACCAAGAUGGAGACUGGUCGGAGGUCACCGAGAUGGCGCUCUGCUCUCUUUUCAGUUACGUGCACGAUCCCAACCCCGGCCGGCUCCCCAGGCGGCUACGUCAGUUGUCGCGCGAUGGAAACAGAGCUUAUGGUCUGUUGCCUCUGGACUUGGGACAGCCGACAAAGGAUAUCGUGGAAUCCGCCAAUUAUAUAUCCGACACCACAGGGGCUGCGCUGCAACGGUGGAGGGCCAAGGAGCGCGGCAUCAGGGACAGGAACGGAUCGAAUGCUCCGCUUAUAAGAAUUCACCCUGUAGCGGCCGUUGCCAUUGAACAUAACCUGAAUUGGACCAUGAGUAAUGCAGCUGACAACUGCAGAGUCACUCACGUGGACUCGCGUUGCAACGUCUCUGUCGUGAUCGCGAUUGCGCUCCUUCGUGGACUACUACGCCAAGAGGUGCAGACAGAGCAGCAGAUCAACCCGCUCAUCCAGAGAUGCAAAAGGCACAUAGACUUUUGGGCACGGAAUGUCGACAACCCUGGCGACGACCGUGGGGCAUAUUUUGCAGUCAGUAAUAGCGCUGAGCUCAGCCGCCUCCUGACUGCCAAGUCACUGCAAGACCUGCAGCUCGACAGCGGCCAAGACCGAGGAGAUGUAUGGAAGUGCCUGGGCGCGGGAGUUUAUUGCCUCCGCACCGUCAUGACCCGCCUCGAAAGUCUUUCUGGCCGGCAGCGCGAGGACACGCGGAAGGUCCUGUUCGCAGAACUCAUCGAUGCCCUUAUUAAAGAGGGCGGCGCGGCGCAGGCCAACGCUGCCUUCGCGGGCGCCCUGCUCGGCGCCUACCUUGGUUAUGACGCGAUUCCCGAGGCGUGGAGAAAGGGCUUGAGCGAUAAAAGUUUCCUCAUGCGCAAAUGUAAGCUGCUGUGCACGUUCGUCAGGGUUAUCCCAGGGGAUGAAUACCGGGAGCGUGACUCCCAGAUGUACCCUGCGCGGAACGCGAGCGAGAGGAGGGCUAUGCAGGGGACUAUACAGAAUCGGAGGAGGUCAAGAAAGCAAAUGCUGCAAAGGAGAUGGGAUGAUCCGAAUCUCAUGCGUGAGAGACGGAGGACUGUCUAUGGCUCACUCAAAUUUCCGGCUAAGGGAAACUAA